GCUGCGUGAAUCGUGGGUGGGAUGACCGCUUGCCGGCUCUAUCAAAGGUUGCUGCGCGCAUCCUCGAAGUUCAUGGCUCAGCGCUUACUCGAGGGUGUGCCCCCUUCCAGGGGUCUACACGCGGGGCGUGGUCCCCGAAGGCUCUCCAUCGAAGGCAACAUUGCUGUGGGAAAAUCCACCUUUGUGAAGUUACUCACGAAAACUUACCCAGAGUGGCACAUAGCUACAGAACCUGUAGCAACAUGGCAGAAUGUCCAGGCUGCUGGCUCCCAAAAAGCCGGCGCUGCCACCAGUCUUGGAAACUUGCUGGAUAUGAUGUACCAGGAGCCAGCACGAUGGUCCUACACCUUCCAGACAUUUUCUUUCCUGAGCCGCCUGAAAGUACAGUUGGAGCCCUUCCCUGAGAAACUCCUGGAGGUUGGGAAGGCAGUACAGAUCUUUGAGAGGUCUGUGUACAGCGACAGGUAUAUCUUUGCAAAGACACUUUUUGAAAAUGGGUCCCUCAGUGACAUUGAAUGGCAUAUCUAUCAGGACUGGCAUUAUUUUCUCCUGCAGGAGUUUGCCAGCCGGCUCAGAUUACAUGGCUUCAUCUACCUCCAGGCUGCUCCCCAGGUUUGUCUAAAGAGACUACACCGGAGGGGCAGGCAAGAGGAGAAAGAAGUUGAGUUGGCCUAUCUGGAGCAGCUUCAUGGUCAACACGAAGCCUGGCUUGUCCACAAAACAACCCCGCUCCACUCUGAGGCUCUGCUGAACAUUCCAGUGCUCGUGUUGGAUGUCAAUGAUGACUUUUCGGAAGAAGUAACCAUACAAGAAGAGCUCAUGAGGAGGGUGGGGAAGACCUUAACGCCUGCUUUUCUUUCUUUACACUUCUAUGACUUCAGAACUUCACUCUGGGUCCUAUGCAUUGUGCCUCAAAUAGCAUUUCACACUCCAAAGCCUGUGGGGCCUUGGAUAAGUUAUUAAUAUAAUCUCUAUUCUCUAAAGUAUUUGGGGCUAAUAAUUGUUAAAUACUUGCCUUGUAAGAUGUGCUUUCCAGCUGACUUCCUCGUCUGAGGUAUUCUAGAACUAGGGAAAUGAGACUUCUGGAUUCACUCCAGCUCUGCCACUUGAUACCCUGGGCAGGUCACAUUUCCUUUCCAUACCUGUGUUCUCUUCCUCACAAAACACUCGGAGGCUUGGCUACACAUGCGUUAUGGAUGGGCUAGUGUAUAGUCUCCUGAAAAUGUGAAAUUUAACUUUUCGUUUUUCU